CGGUCGUCUCUGCCACCAGGCUCGCGCGGCGCCACCUCCUGGGCUCGCGCGGCGCCACCGACGGGAGAAGCGGGCUCGGCCGCCGCUGGUGCCGCCGAUCGGGCCCGCGCGGGCCGCGCCUCCUCGCCAUGGGCCCCCUCUCAGCGCGGCUGCUGAUGCAGCGGGGGCGACCCAAGAGCGACCGGCUGGGCAAGAUCCGGAGCCUGGACCUGUCAGGGCUGAAGCUGCUCUCUGAGCACUUGGACCCCAAGCUCCUGAGCCGCCUGACACAGCUGCAAGAGCUGGACCUCUCCAACAACCAACUGGAGACGCUGCCUGCCAACCUGGGCCUGUCCCACCUGCGCAUCCUCCGCUGCGCCAACAACCAGCUGGGGGACGUCACUACCUUGUGCCAGUUCCCACAGCUCGAGGAGCUCAGCCUAGAGGGCAACCCCUUCCUGACAGUCAGUGACAAUCUGAAAGUCUCGUUUCUCCUGCCCAAGCUCCGUAAGGUCAAUGGCAAGGAUGCUUCCUCCACUUCCUCUCAGGUGGAGAGCCUGAACCGGGAGCUGACCAGCAGGGUCACAGCUCACUGGGAGAAGUUCAUGGCUACACUGAGCCCAGAGGAGGAGGCGGAGAAGGCCCAGGAGGACUUUGUGAGGUCUGCCAUCAGGGAUGUCCGCUAUGGGCCCGAGUCCCUCAGCGAGUUCACCCAGUGGCGGGUGCGGAUGAUCUCUGAGGAACUGGUGGCCUCUAGUGGGAUUCAGGUACAUGAGGCAGACAGCCUGGAGAGGCCCUCAAAAGCCACAGCUGCCCAGGAGCCCAGGGCCAAGCCAGGUGCCUUGAAACGGCCGGAUGAUGUCCCACUCAACCUCUCUCCCAACAAGCGGGUGUGCACCGCCCCGGUGGAGGGCAGCCCCGUGGGCUCUGAUGACAGCCAGCCUGCCCCGAAGCUGGAGCCCCUGCACUUCCUACAAUGCCACAGCAAGAACAACAGCCCUCGGGACCUGGAGACGCAGCUCUGGGCCUGCGCCUUUGAGCCGGCUUGGGAGGAGGGGCAUGUAGGGGCCACAUCCCAGACUGUGGCCACGUGUGGCGGGGAGGCUGUGUGUGUGAUAGACUGCCAGACGGGCAUCGUACUGCACAAGUACAAGGCGCCAGGCGAGGAGUUCUUCUCCGUGGCCUGGACAGCCCUGAUGGUGGUCACUCAGGCAGGCCACAAGAAGCGCUGGAGCGUGCUGGCGGCUGCAGGCCUGCGGGGGCUGGUCCGGCUGCUGCACGUGCGUGCCGGCUUCUGCUGCGGGGUCAUCCGGGCCCACAAGAAGGCCAUCGCCACCCUCUGCUUCAGCCCCACCCACGAGACCCACCUCUUCACGGCCUCCUAUGACAAGCGGAUUAUCCUCUGGGACAUUGGGGUGCCCAACCACGACUAUGAAUUCCAGGCCAGCCAGCUGCUCACGCUCGAUACCACCUCCAUCCCCCUGCGUCUCUGCCCAGUGGCCUCCUGCCCAGAUGCCUACCUGCUGGCUGGCUGUGAGGGUGGCUGCUGCUGCUGGGAUGUGCGGCUGGACCAGCCUCAGAAGAGGAGGGUGUGUGACGUGGAGUUCGUCUUCGAGGGCUCGGAGGCAUCUCGACGGCGAGUGGACGGGCUGGCGUUUGUGAAUGACGAUGUCGUGGCCUCCAAGGGGAAUGGCCUGGGUACCAUCUGCCUAUGGAGCUGGAGCCAGACGUGGCUGGGCCGAGGAAGCCAGUCCAUGGUGGCAGUAGUGGUCCUGGCUCGGCUGCAGUGGUCCCACACUGAGUUGGCUUACUUCUCACUCAGCGCCUGUCCUGAUGAAGGGAUUGUGCUCUGUGGGGACGAGGAGGGCAACGUGUGGGUUUACGACAUCAAGCACAUCCUAACGCAGCAGCCUCUGCCACUGGCAGCCCCGCAGGCGCCCACGCAGAUCCUUAAGUGGCCCCAGCCCCGGGCCCUCGGGCAGGCGGUGACGAAGACCAUGGUGAACACAGUGGUGGCCAACCCCACCUUUACCUACCUCACCGCUCUGACGGACUCCAACAUCGUGGCCAUCUGGAGGAAACACUAGCCUUGAGCACAAGCUCCUGCCUCUACGCAGAGGCCCAUGGACACAACUUAACUUAUUCAGCUUUUGCUAAUGACAGGGAGCUUUUCACAGUUGACUAUUUUUAUUAAACUCUACUGGGGUA